AUGGAAUGGAUAAAAAUAUAUAUACUACAUAGAAAGAUGAGAAUCUUCGCUAUUACAAUCACAUUAGCAAUUUUAUUAAAUGUUGCUUUCGCCAUCAACAUGGGAGCACCAGUUUUGAAUGACAAGUUUAUCCAAAACCACAACUCAAAGAACGCCCCAUGGGUCGCCAAGAGAAACGCAAGAUUCGAAGGUCACACCAUCGGUCAAGUCAUGGCUAUGAUGGGUACCAAGAAGGUCAUCAACAACAACGCUGCUCCAUCUAUCAAGAUUGUCGAUGCUUCCAUCCCAUCCACUUUCGAUGCUCGUGAACAAUGGCCAGGUUGUGUCCAUGCCGUCUUGAACCAAGAACAAUGCGGUUCAUGCUGGGCCUUCUCUUCAAGUGAAGCCUUGUCUGAUCGUUUGUGUAUCGCCUCUAAGGGUCAAGUCAACGUUACCCUCUCUCCACAAGCUCUCGUUGCUUGUGAUGAUAUCGGUAACCAAGGUUGCAAUGGUGGUGUACCACAAUUGGCCUGGGAAUACAUGGAAUGGAAGGGUCUCCCAACCUUUGAAUGUUACCCAUACACUGCUGGAAACGGAACUGAUGGAACCUGUCAACGUCAAUGUGCUGAUGGUUCAGCCAUGACCUACUACCGUGCCAAGCCAUUCUCCAUGACCACCUGCAACAGCGUUGCCUGUAUCCAAAACGAAAUCAUCACCUAUGGUCCAGUUGUUGGUACCAUGAUGGUCUACCAAGACUUUAUGUCCUACUCGUCUGGUGUCUACGUCUAUGACGGAACUGCUGAACUCCUCGGUGGUCAUGCCAUCGAAAUUGUUGGAUGGGGUACCGACGCCACCUCCAAGCUUGACUACUGGAUCGUCAAGAACAGUUGGUCUGCCGCCUGGGGGGGCCUUGAUGGCUAUUUUUGGAUUCAACGUGGUACCAACAUGUGUGGUAUUGAUCACGAUGCCAGCGCUUCUCAAGCCAAGCUCUAA